CACUGACCGGGGCAUUGUUGUUGACUGACUGCUGGGAUUUUUGAAACGGGCGGAAAAGUGUUUAAAUAACUGUUUGUUUGUUUUUUAUAUAACUAUGAGGAAGAGAACAAGUAGUAACGCCAGUAGAAGAAGCUCUACAACUAGACGACGCAGUGAUAAUUUGCGUUGUGAUGAAUUCGGCUUUGCUCUCACCAAACGAAAGGACCAAAAACUUCAUCACCGAUGUCAUGAUUACAGCUACCCCAAGCUGAGCUCAGUGAGGGUCAAAGAGCUGUGUGAGCUGCUCAGCUACUGGAAUGGAGCCAGCUUUAUCUGCAAGAGCCAGAUUGAGCGAUUUAUCCGGAUGGGUAUUCCUCCAAGCCUCCGAGGUAGAGUGUGGAAAUGUCUUCUCGCCAUUGACAGUCUGAGAGAAAACAGUGACUUCAACUACCAGAAAUGCUUGUCAGAGGUGCGAGGCCCCCUGGUGGACUUGGGCGUCAGUGAGUACGGCAUCUUGUCGGCAAUUGCCACACUGAGUGACACCCAAAAUGAUCUGGGUCUGAACCAUCAGCAACCCUCCAGCUGCCCCAAGCCCAGAUACUCUGUAGACGACAUCACGCUCUUCAGACAGAUCGCCCUGGACUUACAGCGUUCCUUUCCGACCCACCGCUCUCUGAUGGGGGAGAGUCCAGAGGCCAUUGAGGGUCAAGCAAAACUCUUCAGAGUCCUCAUUGCGUACGCCAAAUACAGCCCACAGGUUGGAUACAGCCAAGGGAUGUCCUACAUAGCUGCGGUGCUGCUGAUGCAGUUGGGAGAGGAGGAGGCGUUUUGGGCUCUGACAGCCUUGUUGGACAAACCCAAAUAUCUGGCAGAACUGUUUGACCUCAACCUCACCAAGGUCCAGCAUCAGGUGAAGGUGUUUGACCAGUUCCUGAAACACAGGAAGCCACAGCUCUCUCAGCACAUGGAGUCAGUGGGAGUCUUAUCAGUCCACUUUGUGAUGCCAUGGUUCCUCACUCUCUUCACUUCCCUGCCCUGCUGGGACUCUGUCCUGGCUGUCUGGGAUCUCGUCAUUCUGCACGGCCUGUCAGCUGUGUUCCGCACUGCUCUGACCAUCAUUGAGCUCCUGGAGCCUCGACUGAUGGACCUGAAUGAUGAGGGAGCAGUGUUACCCCUGAUGUUGAGGGUACCUGUUGAUGUGGCCCAGUACACCGUGUUGGUCCCUGCCCUGUGGAAGACUGAGGUCCAAGACUGGGAGCUUAAAUGUAUGAACAGUCUGGUGUUGGAGGAGUGCCACAAUGUACCCGAAGCAGGUACCACAACACAAACAAACACAGACACACACACAAAUCAGCUGUUC